AUGGAUCUCACCACCCCCUUGGCUCGACGUCCGACAAGUCUUCGAAGCUAUCAGUAUCAACCUCUUCCAGCAGAAGUUUUCAUCCGCGUCCUCUGUCUUCAUCCAAGCGCCAGCAUGGAGGAUCGGGUAAAAUGUACAAUCUCACACAAGACGCUACAACAAUGCCAAUUAGACACCAUCGAUCACUUUUCUGCACUCUCUUACGUCUGGGGCGAUGCUGCUGAUCCUGAGACGAUCGAGCUCGAGGGUUACGACUUCCAAGUUACACGAAAUUUGGACUCGGCUUUGAGACACAUAAGAGAUUCUUCAAAGCCUCGAGAUAUCUGGGUUGACGCCAUUUGUAUUAAUCAGUCUGAUUCGGAAGAAAAAUCUAUCCAAGUUAGGAUGAUGUGGCAGGUUUAUCAAGCCGCUCACCAUACGCUAAUAUAUUUGGGAGAUGCAUCCUCCGAAUCUGAUGUUUUGAUUCGAGAACUAAAUAAUCUCAAACAUAUACCUCUAGAAUCUGUUUUAGUUGCGGGGUUCCAAGAUAUACUCCAACGCCCGUGGUUCAGUAGAGUCUGGAUUCUCCAAGAGCUGGCAUUCUCUCGAGACCCAUGGGUUCAUUGUGGCAAGCAGUCAAUCCAUUGGGAUAUGCUCCAAAAACCAUCGAUCAAUCCUUUUAGGAAUGAGCCUCUUUAUAGAGAACUACAUUUGAUGAAUUAUCACAGGGUAGACCCGGAGUCUAGAAGAUUCAGACCACAAAUUCAAUCGGAUCUACAUUCAUUGGCUGGAAAUUCUCAUUCUGAGGAGAGAAGAGAGUUCAUUGUGCGGUUUAAAGGUUUAGUCCUGACACGAAGAGGACGCGGAGUCCAAGAUCCUCGGGAUAUGGUUUUUGCACAUGUGAAUUUGGCAGGGCUUUACAAGUACCCAGCUACGGAUACCAGAGUCCAAGAGCUGUUCUCAGCAGACUACAAGAAAAGUUGCGCUUACGUCUAUCAAGAAAUCGUUAAGUUCAUUAUGACAGAAAAUCCUGUAAUGGUACAUGAUUUACUUGCUGAUGCCGAGAGUAUGAUCAAAUUGGAGGACCGGAAACUUGGCCUUGCAACCUGGACGGUCGACUGGUCAGAGAGCUCAUCCACACGCCCCCGAAAGGCACUAGGUCAAGUCACUGAUCGCUUUGGUGACAUCUGGUGCAAUCCGAAGCGAGAAGGCUGGAACUUAUUAGAUCUCGGUGCAGCCCUCUUGUUUUAUGGAUAUAGAAGAGGUAUUUUAGUUUACGUCUCUUCUGUCCUAGCAACGGACGAAGUGGACAUGAUUAAAGACUUCAUCAGCGCGUCCGAUUCUCUCCAUAUUUCUCCGCAAGAUUUUCAAAGUAGCCUAAAGGUCCUGGUUGACUAUUAUACGCAAGUACUUUCUGGGACUAACCCAAUCCCUGACGAGGAGAUGCAUGCGGAACAUGAAGAAGCAGCUUUGGAAAAAUAUCGUCGGCAAUUGUUUACUCGGCUUCUGUGGGCGCGCCCCAAUAAAGAGAGAUACGAAAGUUUCCUUUUUGCGAGACGAUGGGGUUUAUUACAAGAUGGAACUUGGGCACUUGUACCCGCUAUUGCUCAACGAGGCGAUGAUGUUUGCUGUUUCGAGGAAGUCGACGCUACACCUUUCCUACUCCGGAAAACCGAAGUACCAAAUUCUUUCGAUGUCAAAAUACGCAAGGAUUACAACGACGUGGUCCCGUGGUUGUCAGAGAAGAACUACGUUGGAGAAAAAAUGACUUUUCAGGACGGUAGUCAUUUCCAUUUCAUUGGUGAAUGUUUUAUGAAUGAAUGGGAGUUUCAAGACAUGAAGCAUCGAAUUAAGGAUGACGUUAGAGGCAACAAAACUCCGCAGAAACAAGAUGCUACCCAGAAGAUUGUAGAAGAUUAUCAACGUGAAGCUUUUGUACUUCACUAA